AAAUAUUUAAAAAACAAAUCAAGCUUGAAAAAUCCACUUUAGUGUCUUAAUUCAUAUUAUUUGUUUGCUUCGUUAUCCUGCGCAGAACACGGCUGAACAUCCUUAAGUCAUUUACGUUCACUCCUGUGCCUUUUACCGCUUCUGUUCUCCAUGGUGUAUUUCUACUUUUGUUCAAGAUACUGGUCUUUGCUUUGUUUUAUGGCCCUAUUAAUCAGGGUGUAUAGAUGUUGCUAAUAUGCAGGUUUUCAGUCAACUAAAACAAUUAAGAUGCUGUCUUAAAACCACUCACCUGAAGAUCUGCGUGUUGCAUCUCUGUGUCAGAGGUAUCUCCUCCAUAUCUGUCAGCUGCCUGUCACAGGCUUGUGCUCCGACGUGUGCUCUUUAGAUGGGAUGAACUGUCCUUUUUUCUAUAUUAUAUAGAGCAGAGUCUUUGUUACAGUCUUUCACAGAGUAGGGAGUCAGGCCCACGGGUCUUAAAGAGCAGCAUAGGACUUUUAUUGGAAGAGUACAGUAGGAGAUAUUUAUUUGCGUGUUCCAAACUACUGUGUAAAAUUUGUAACGGAUAAGGAGGACCAAAUUCUGGGAGAAAUUGCAAAUCUUGUCUUUGUCGUGUUUGGAAGUCAAGGACUUACUCCACAAAUAUUGACGGGCUUCCUCCUCUGCAAACAAUAUGUUAUAGCUUUAGCUCUUCAAAGUCAUGGUAUGCCAUCUGGUCCGCUUCCCAGGCGUGCUGCAGCAUAACACAAGUCUAGCACGCAGCUGAGCAAGGUGUAUUAUAAUGGGGUAUUUGUACUUUUAUUCUGAAGGAAAGGUGCUGAGAUACAGAAAGAGCAGUGGGUGAGUGAUUGCUCGUGAACUUACACCUGGAAUAGUGUAAUUUUUAAAGUGAGUAGGAUGAGGUUGUCUUAUUUUAUAGCUCUUCUUAUGUACAGAUAGAACUAUAGGUACGGAUAUAUAACAUGUAUGCAAAAAUUGUUUGUACAUAGCACCAUAAAAAAGAGGCAGAAGUUAGGUCCUUACAGGUUAUCAGUUGUGAUAUCCUUGGAAUUUGACUGGAUUGUUUUUUUUCAGUUGGAGGGGAAAAACAGAAAAGGAGCGAUCCAGAAAAAUAAAGAUUAAAGCGUGAAAGAGUGCCUGUGCGUGUAUUUGGCUGUGGAGUAAAUAUAUUAUAGUCAAAAAUUUUUAAGUUUUUGAAGGAUGAAACAGAAAGCUAACAGAAAAAUUCAUGUCUUUGCUAAGCCUAAGAGUUGAGCAGGGAAAUUCCGCUUAGCUGCACUGUGGUGAAGAGGUCAGAGGAUAUGUAGGCAUGAAAGUACAAGUGAAGGUUAAAGAAGAAAUGGCAUUAUUUUUUUCUGGCCUGUUUCUCACCCUAAGUUGUAUCAUUUGAGUCUGUCUUCAUUCAUCCAUUGGCCUUCGUUUUUCAGUUUCUAGAGUUGGUGGUACUUAGUGCAUCCAAGAAAUGCUUGUUUCUUCAUUCCCCAGUGAGGAAGUCUGCUGUACCCAGCUGAACCUAAAGGGCUGACUAGGGAACCUUAACCUUGCCUCCUCCUUCUGACACUGGUUUUUUCCUAUAAAAUGGGAAUACUUAUUGCAGUCCUUGGAAUCUGGUUCAGCUCUUCACUUGCCAAAGGAGAUUCCAAGGCUGUGACAACAUCUCUAACUACAAAGUGGUCUUCAACUCCUUUAUUACUUGAAACAAGUGAAUUUUUAUCAGAAGAAGGUCAAGAAAGAUUCUGGAAUUUUGUUGAAGCAAGUCAAAAUAUUAAAUCAUCUCAACAUGAUGGGAGCGAUUAUUCCUCUUACCAUGAAAUGCUGAAAGUGGCCUGCCAGAAUCUGUCGCCUCUGCAGCAGAAUUUGUUGAAGUUUUCCUUGUCGUUACGUUCUUACUCUGCAACGGUUCAAGCCUUUCAACAGAUAGCAGCAGAUGAACUCCCACCAAAGGGCUGUGUUCUCUUCUUUGCUGUGCAUGGAGAGAAGACAUGUGAAUUUGACUCUCUCGGAAAUCUUUUACAGACAGCUUCAGAAAGGCCAAAGCCGUUUUUGUUUAAAGGGGAUCACAGGUACCCAGUUUCAAACCCUGAAAGUCCUGUCGUCAUACUUUAUGCUGAGAUUGGCUCAGAGGAGUUCUACAGAUUCCACAAGCUGCUUGUUUUAAAGGCUGAGGCAGGAGAAAUCACUUAUGUCCUCAGACACUAUGUUGCUAAUCCCAGUAAAGAAAAAGUCUACCUCUCUGGAUAUGGUGUGGAACUGGCCAUUAAAAGUACAGAAUAUAAGGCCAAGGAUGAUACCCAGGUGAAAGGUACAGAUGUGAAUGCUACAGUAAUAGAUGAAAAUGACCCUAUUGAUGAAGUGCAAGGAUUUCUCUUUGGAAAACUAAGGCAGUUGUAUCCUGACUUGACAGAGGAGCUGAAAGAGCUUAGAAAACACCUUGUGGAAAGCACCAAUGAAAUGGCACCUUUGAAAGUAUGGCAGUUACAAGAUUUAAGUUUUCAAACCGCUGCCCGCAUUUUGGCUGCUCCCCCUGUGGAUGCUUUGAUGGUCAUGAAAGACCUCAGUCAGAACUUCCCUACAAAGGCCAGAGCAAUAACAAAAACAGUUGUUUCCUCGGAACUCAGGACAGAAAUUGAAGAGAACCAAAAGUACUUCAAAGGAACAUUAGGAUUACAGCCGGGAGAUUCUGCCCUGUUCAUCAAUGGACUACAUAUUGAUUUAGACACUCAGGACAUAUUUAGCCUGAUUGACGUGUUACGCAAUGAAGCCCGUGUUAUGGAAGGCCUGCACAGCUUAGGAAUUGAAGGUCUUUCCUUGCACAAUGUUCUGAAGUUGAACAUCCAGCCAUCAGAUUCAGACUAUGCUGUGGACAUCAGAAGCCCUGCUAUUUCAUGGAUCAACAAUCUUGAGGUGGACAGCCGAUAUAAUUCCUGGCCUUCCAAUGUGCAAGAAUUGCUGCGUCCCACGUUUCCAGGGGUAAUCAGACAAAUCAGGAAAAACUUCCAUAAUUUUGUGCUGAUAGUAGAUCCUACUCAUGAGACUACAGCAGAAUUGUUUAAUGUGGCAGAGAUGUUCUUCAGUAACCACAUCCCACUGAGGAUAGGACUAGUCUUUGUGGUAAAUGACUCAGAAGAUGUUGAUGGACUUCAGGAUCCUGGUGUUGCCCUUCUUAGGGCAUACAAUUAUGUGGCACAAGAAAUGGAUAAUAAUUAUGCUUUCCAGGCAGUCAUGUCUAUAUAUAACAAAGUAAAAACAGGAGAUCAGCUGAGAGUUGAGCAUGUGGUUAGUGUUCUUGAGAAACAGUAUCCUUAUGUGGAAGUGAACAGCAUUCUGGGAAUCGAUUCUGCCUAUGAUCAAAACAGAAAGGCAGCAAGAGGUUACUAUGAGCAGACAGGUGUAGGUCCUCUCCCUGUGGUGCUGUUCAAUGGGAUGCCUUUUCAAAAAGAUCAGCUGGAUCCUGACGACCUAGAAACCGUGACAAUGCACAAAAUCCUGGAAACCACAAGCCUCUUCCAGCGAGCUGUGUACUUGGGUGAAUUAUCUAAUGAUCAAGAUGUAGUUGAAUACAUCAUGAACCAGCCUAACGUUGUUCCCAGAAUCAAUUCAAGGAUCUUAACGUCUGACAGAGAGUAUUUAGAUCUGACAGCAAUGAAUAACUUUUAUGUGGAUGACUUUGCGAGAUUCACUACGUUGGAAUCCAAAGACAAGACAGCUGCUGUGGCAAACAGCAUGACCUACUUAACAAAGAGAGGAAUGUCUUCCAAGGAAAUCUAUGAUGAUUCUUUUGUUAGACCAGUUACUUUCUGGAUUGUUGGUGAUUUUGAUAAACCUUCAGGGAGGCAGUUGUUGUAUGAUGCAAUUAAACAUCAGAAAUCCAGCAAUAAUGUCCGAAUUAGCAUGAUUAAUAACCCUAGUGAAGAUCCAAACAGCAAGAAUACACUUGUUGCUAAGGCCAUAUGGGCAGCUCUGCAGACACAAACUUCAAACAAUGCCAAGAACUUCAUCACCAAAAUGGCAAAGGAAGAAACCGCAAAGGCGCUUGAGGCAGGAGCUGACAUCUUAGAAUUUGCAGUUGGGGGUAUGGAUAUCAAUAUUUUCAAAGAAGCCUAUGAAUCUCCCAAAGUGGAUUUUAUUCUGUCCCAUGCUAUAUACUGCAGAGACGUUCUGAAGCUGAAAAAGGGGCAGAGGGCUGUGAUCAGCAAUGGAAGGAUUAUUGGCCCGUUAGAGGAUGGUGAGAUGUUUAAUCAGGAUGAUUUCCACCUCCUUGAGAAUAUCAUACUAAAGACAUCAGGACAGAAAAUCAAAUCCCAGAUUCAGCAGCUGGGAUUUGAGGAAGAUCUUGCAAGCGACUUGGUAAUGAAAGUGGACAUAGCAAUAGGGAAGUCCUCGACUGUUUGUAGGACACAUGCAGUUAAACUAAGACCGAAAGAGGGAGAGACAUACUUUCAUUUUGUGGCUGUUGUUGACCCUGUUACCAGAGAAGCUCAAAGACUUGCUCCAUUACUUUUGGUUUUGAACCAACUGAUAAAUAUGAACCUAAGAGUGUUCAUGAACUGCCAGUCCAAACUUUCUGACAUGCCUCUCAAAAGCUUUUAUCGCUAUGUUUUGGAGCCAGAAAUUUCUUUCACAGCAGAUAACAACUUUGCUUCUGGACCAAUUGCCAAGUUUUUGGAUAUGCCUCAGUCCCCGCUGUUCACUUUAAACCUAAAUACUCCUGAGAGCUGGAUGGUGGAAUCUGUCAGAACCCCAUAUGACCUUGAUAACAUUUACUUAGAGGAGGUGGAUAAUGUUGUAGCUGCAGAAUAUGAACUGGAAUAUCUUCUCCUGGAAGGACACUGCUAUGAUAUUACUACUGGACAGCCACCUCGAGGACUCCAGUUUACGCUGGGAACUUCAACCAGUCCUGUCAUUGUUGAUACCAUUGUUAUGGCCAACUUGGGUUACUUCCAGUUAAAAGCCAAUCCUGGUGCAUGGACGCUCCGACUCCGAAAGGGCAGGUCUGAGGAUAUCUACAGAAUCUACAGCCAUGAUGGGACAGACUCUCCCCCUGAAGCUAAUGAAGUUAUUGUUGUUCUCAGCAACUUCAAGAGCAAAAUUAUUAAAGUGAAGGUUCAGAAAAAACUGGACAUGAUGAAUGAAGAUUUACUAAGUGAUGGUACCAGUGAGAAUGAGUCUGGAUUUUGGGAAUCUCUCAAAUGGGGAUUCACAGGGGGACAAAAGAAUGAAGAUGUGAAACAGGAUAAAGAUGAUGUACUAAAUAUAUUCUCUGUGGCUUCAGGACACCUAUAUGAAAGAUUCCUACGCAUCAUGAUGUUGUCUGUGCUGAAACAUACUAAGACUCCUUUGAAGUUUUGGUUUCUGAAGAAUUACUUAUCACCUACAUUCAAGGAGUUCAUCCCUUACAUGGCAGAGAAGUACAAUUUCCAGUACGAGCUUGUCCAGUAUAAAUGGCCACGAUGGCUUCAUCAGCAAACGGAGAAACAGCGUAUCAUCUGGGGUUACAAGAUCCUCUUUCUAGAUGUGCUCUUCCCAUUAGCUGUUGAUAAAAUCCUAUUUGUGGAUGCUGAUCAGAUUGUGCGCACAGAUCUAAAGGAAUUAAGAGAUUUCAAUCUAGAGGGUGCUCCUUAUGGAUAUACUCCAUUCUGUGACAGCCGAAGAGAAAUGGAUGGCUACAGAUUCUGGAAAUCGGGAUACUGGGCAAGUCACUUAGCUGGAAGAAAAUAUCACAUCAGUGCUCUGUAUGUUGUGGAUCUGAAGAAGUUCAGAAAGAUAGCAGCUGGAGACCGACUCAGAGGACAAUAUCAGGGUCUUAGUCAGGAUCCUAACAGUCUGUCUAACCUUGAUCAGGAUUUGCCUAACAACAUGAUCCACCAGGUGCCCAUUAAAUCACUCCCACAGGAGUGGCUUUGGUGUGAAACAUGGUGUGAUGAUUCCUCAAAGAAGAGAGCAAAAACCAUUGAUCUGUGUAAUAACCCAAUGACCAAAGAGCCCAAGCUGCAGGCAGCAAUGCGUAUAGUUCCAGAAUGGCAGGACUAUGAUCAAGAAAUCAAACAGCUCCAUAGUCGCUUCCAGAAAGAAAGAGAAACAGGAAUACCAGCUAAGGCGACAGGACAGCACACACAAGAUCCAGCAGCACAUGUGGAAUUAUGAUCCAUGGAGGAAAAAAAAGUCAAGUUAGACUGUUUCAUAGACAAUUUUUAUAUUGAAAGCUAGUUUUUUUUCCAGUAUGUCUACAAAACUGCUGAAUAAUUGAAUGGGAUGAUGUAUGCGUUCUUAUUACUUGCCUUUGGGUUAAUUUCUGCCUAUGAAAUAGGAUCUGGAUUGCUGGAAUUAGCAUUACUGUUUUUUGCACCUGUGGUGGAGAUGAAAGAGCCCAUGGUGGAAUUUAGCAUUUCAGAAACAAAACUUAAAUCCACUGGAAAAGCUGCAGCCUGUUCCUUCAGCUGUCGCUGCCUCCACCCUGACCAAGAUUCUAUUAGCCUCAGACUAUCUGACUUGAGAGAGCCUGGAAAACGCAGACCCACUGAACAGUUGGCUAGAACGUAAGUCCUUACCUCAAUCGAUGGAGAUAGAUAGUUUUCCAGGUAACAUUAAGGCUCAGAUUCAUGCCUUAAAUUGGGAUAAUGUUUCAUGUACAAGUGUUCAAAUGGUCAAAAAAUGCUUCUCAGAUUUGUUCAGUAGGCCCUUUUUUGUAACCAGUCUAGCAUUACUUAGAUUCUCCAAUUCCAGUCUUUGUUUAUUUCCUAACUUUUGAAGGUUUGGCUUAAUUUAGAACUACCACAACCUGUUGAAAUGCCCAUCUGAACACAAACGCCUAUGCUUACAACAUGAGCAGAAUGUUGAAUUUGACAGUUCAGUUUAUCCUAGCCCACUGACUUGAAACAAGACUGCCCUCCCUCCUUCUUGCUCAAAGUUGAAAUCAAUCUGCAAAAGUGGUAGGGCCUUACUCUUGCUGUGGUUCACUGAUUCAUGAAUGUGUUUUGUCUAUAAAAAUCUGUGGAAGCUUGGAAGCAUUUCAUCAUGUAAAUUUCAUUAACUUUAUUUUUCCUCAGAGAUGUUGUCACAUCAAUAAAACACUUUGGAGUUCUUAGGUCUUAAACUCUAGUUCACACUCAGUCCUUUGCUCUUCCUUUUUGCUUGCACACACACUGCAGUCCUAAUGGGAUUCUGGGGUCUCUGAACACUUUACCUGCACUUGUUUUUUUACUUAAGGCACAGGCAGGAAAAAAAAAAAAAACACAACAACUUUGCUCCAAGGAUUAAUUACCUUGGGCUACAUCAAUAAUCCUCACUCAUGUCUUAAUUUUUAAAGAAGAAACUGCAAUAGUUCCAUUCUAUGAACACAAUGAUUUUAAAAAAAAAAAAAAUCCCU